AUUUACAUAAAACACACGGCGGAGUGUGACGUUGCGUCGCUGACAGAAGCGGAUAUUUCUCUCGUUUAUUCUCCGUUACUGUAGAGAAAGUGUUUCAGUCUCAGGUAGAAACUCACCAUGAGGAUAACAGCGCUGAUCCUGAUACUAACCUGCCUCUACACAGCUCAGGGUUCCCCUUUACCCAUUUCUGAAGCAAACCCAGAAAACAUCUCAGAUGUGGAUGUAAAGGGGCAGACCAUCAGCGACCCGGAGGACAGUAAAAAUCAAGCUGAUAAGAAUAAGCUGACUCCAGAAUCACAAAAUGUUAAUGCAGUUGGAAAAAAAGGGGACCCUAAUCAAGAUAAUCCAAUUGCAGCAUCUGAGACUGACCCAAAGAAGAAGGAUGUCAAAGAAGAAAGUAUUAGUGUAAUUCCGAAAACAUCUGGAGAGCCCGAAGAAGCUAAACUGGGGAAUGACCCAAACACAAACGUGCAAGGGAAAAGUGAAGCCAACCAAGGGAAGGAAAAAUCAGGCCAAGACGUGCAAAACGAGGAAGAAUUGGACAAAAGCACAAAAGUCGUACAAAGUCAGGACAAAUCGGGCAAAGAUGUGCAAUUAAAGGUGGAAUCGGGAACAGGCGUGCAAGGGAAGGGCGAUUCAGAAAAAGACAUGCGAGGGAAGGACGAUUUGGACAAAGACAAGCAAGGGAAAGACGGUUCGGACCAAGACAUGCAAGGGAAAGAAGAUUCGGUUAAAGACAAGCAAGGGAAAGACAAUUUGGACAAAGACAAGCAAGGGAAGGACGAUUUGGACAAAGACAAGCAAGGGAAAGAUGAUGCGAACAAAGACAAGCAAGGGAAAGAUGAUGAGAACAAAGACAAGCAAGGGAAAGAUGAUGAGAACAAAGACAAGCAAGGGAAGGACGAUUUGGACAAAGACAAGCAAGGGAAGGACGAUUUGGACAAAGACAAGCAAGGGAAAGACAAUUUGGACAAAGACAAGCAAGGGAAGGACGAUUUGGACAAAGACAAGCAAGGGAAGGACGAUUUGGACAAAGACAAGCAAGGAAAGGACGACUUGGGCAACAAAGAGGAAGGCAAUGACCAAUCAAUCAAAGACGCACAAGAAAAAGACAAAUCGGACAAAGACACAAAAGUAGAAGAUGAAUCAGGCAAAGGCGUGCAAGGGAAAGAUAAAACGGGCAAAAGUAUACAAGGAAAGGACGAAUCAGGUACAGGCAGUCAAGGGAAGGAUGAUCUUCUUAAAAGUGGGCAAGGAAAGGACCAAAGCACUCACCACGGUAGCAUAGAUGGCCAGGAGAUAGUUGAAACUGUAAAAUCUUCUGAACCCAAAGAAACUCCAGAUCAGAUUGAGGGUGGUGCUCCAAAAGAUGUUGGAGAGGAUGGUAAUGAUGAGGAUGGUGACGGGGAUGAAGAAGAUAAUGAAGUUUACGGUGAAACAGAUAAAGCAAGAGAGGAGAGUCCAAUCAAUAGGAACAAAGGUCAGUCUGGGGUGUUUAACCCUCGAGGAGAGCAGGAUGAGAGCAGCCAUUUCUUUGCCUAUCUGGUCUUCACUGCUGUUCUGGUGGCCGUACUCUACAUCGGAUACCAUAACAAGCGCAAGAUCAUUGCUUAUGUGCUUGAGGGCAAGAGAUCAAGGGGCACACGGAGACCAAAAUCGGGAGACUAUCAGAAACUUGAGCAGCAUUGAUGAAGAUCAGUGAUCUCAAACCAUCAGCAGAAGGAGUCAGCUGUGGCCUUUGAACUUCAUGACACCAAGCUAGGCGUUGAUUAAUGGAUACUGUGAUAUUUUCUUCAAACAUCAGUUUGUGAUACAAUGGUUUGUGUUCUUUACUCAAGUUUAAGAGGUCAUUUGUGGACGCUCAUCACCGUUGUAUCUAAAGGACCUCUUGAGUUAAUUUUUUUUUUUUUUUUUUUUUAAACACGUUUUUCUGGGCUUGCCUCUCAGUUCAAUUUAAACUGGCAGGCUUGAGAUGGUAGGUUAAAUUUUGUUCUGUUAGGCUGCUUUGUUGUAGGGUUAGUGUUGCCUUACAGAGGCUUGUUAAGGCAGUGAGAUAAAGUAGGGUGAUGUGAUUUGUUUUGCUGUAAAAUAGUAACUCAGGGCUUUUGAUUUCAGGGCUCAGCUUAUUCACAAAGCAUCAGAUAUGCUAAAAUACACUGAGGUGUAGUGCAACACUCCAACCUAAACUAUGCUGUUGCAGCUCGGUCGGCUGCAGUAAUGUAUGUCAAUACAUGCAAAUAGAUCUCCAUUCUCAACCCCGGAAGUGUGAAAAAGCUUUGUGAAAAAGUAGUAAAGACCUUGUUUAGGCUCUUGGAAGUGCAAUCUAGCCUAGCCAGUCCAUUAUUUUGUUCUGUUCCAGGCAUUCUGCAAAAUCAGUUGUUUCAUUUAUCCAAAAAAGAUCUAGAUCUAGACUAAUCAAUAGGAGAGAAAUGAGAAUGUAUGAGGCAUACCUGUUGGACUGCCUUCUCUUUAGAUAGGUGUACACCACAGCUCAUCAGUUCUGUUCCUGGUGGAGCAGGAACAGUGUGAUCCAUUCAGUUUGGUUAUUCAAAUAAGCCUAAACAGCAUUACAACUAAAUAUAGCUUUUUAAAUAUGGUUAUAUAUUUAUUGUUUAGAUGUUUUAAAACAGGAAAAGUAGACUCAAACUGUGCUGGACAUCAGCUUUAUGAAACCAGAACUUGUGAUAACCGUUAUAUGAAACCCCCCAUUCCCAUUUUUUGGCAGUUUUAGGCUAGACUUUUAUUCUUUAGAUGAAACAUCAAUGAAUCUGAUUGGCUCCAAGUGAUAAAAAGUAAAACAACUUGGACUUAAACUGGUUUUGUUACAUACAGUUUUACAAAAAGUGCCAAGGAGUUUUUUUUUUCCAUUGUUGUGGUAGAGGAACUGCUUCAAGCUCCCUAUUGAAGCCUUUCCAUCCAUUGUUUUUUAAAGAACCAGUCAUUGCAAAGUUCUUUAAGAAACCAAAAGUUCUAAGUUUUACUCUCAUUACUACAGUACUGAAGAUUAUUAAUAUCAGUUUCAUAGGCCCUUAAAUAGAACCCUGAGGAACUCUUGUUUGUAGCUGAAUGUAACAAAGGAUUCAAAGGGAUGCCAUGUGGGCACUUUAGUUCACUACACUGCGCUCCUGUUGCUUUCUGAGAUAUCUCUGCCAUGCCAGUUUCCACACUGCAAACAUCAGUGUGAUCAGGGGUGGCACAUAGUCUAAAAAGUUUGAGAACCGCUGUUCCAAAAACAAACCUUUUAGUAAAACUGGAUCAGAGCAAACUGUGGACUGGCUCUUGGUCGCUGAAGAAUGGGAAACCUCUGGUUUAGGAAGUAGUUGAACCUGCCCUACGCAUAUUGCACUCUUAUCAGUACUGAAAGAGCAGAUUGUGUGUUUGCACUCCGGUUGUACUGCUGGGCUGCUGUGAGGAGCUCAGCUUUCAGCCAUGGCCUCUGACUUUGCUAACUCUAAAGGAACUGUCUCAGGAUGCUGUGGAACAUGUGGAGGUGGAGGCAUCAAAGCCCUGACUCUUACUUUCUGUUCCACCUGUAAGUUGUUCUGAACUUUGUGGUGUGGAUGUUGUUGGUUAUUCUUUUUUUCUUUGUUAAUAUCUUUUUUUUUUUAAAAAAGCCAGUUGCCCUUUAUGUUGAGUUGGCAUUUUGUAAAAAAAAAAAAUGGACCAAAAUAAAUUUGGAAAAGCAGAGUCUUUAGGUUUUCAAGUUCUAGUAACAGAAUCUACUAUACGGUUGCAGUUUCAGAGAUAAAGAAUCUCCUUCAGUCUAGAUUGUCAGUGGUUGUUGAUGGUGAAUGAGCCUCCAGUGUGUGUAUUAUAAUGGUAUCCAGCUACACUGGUUAAAUUACAGCCAUCAGUAUUUAGUUGGUGUCAAGGCUUGUUGACUGGAAGCAGCCGGAAGCUCACUCAAGUUCAACUCUAGCCAUAUGAUGCAGAAAUCACAUGUUUGGUGGGGGUGAACCACUCCUCCUUUAAUAGAAGCCUUUAUUAGCUCUUGUGGCUCUUUUGUAUUUAGAACUGACUUGUAUUUGCUCCCCAAAAGUGUCAUUUUCUAAGCAAAUUUUGCUUGGUUGGACAAGCUUUAUGGAAUGUUAGUAAAGGGCACAUUCAUCUUAAUAAAAAACAACUGAAAGAAAAAACAAUUUAUUUGCUCAAAAAAUCUAAUGUAACAAACAUUUACUUUCUUUAAAAUAAGUGAUUCAGCUUCGAUUUUCAUAAUCUAUAUUUGUUGUUAUAUUCCAACACUGAACCUAUUUGGCUGUAAUUAGCAUAAAAAUGUGAAGACAGAAUAAUUUAUAUUGUAUUUUUAAAUUGUAGUUUGUAAAUGUUUUUGAUUUUACAAAAAAUCAUUUAAGCUAUGUAAUUUAUUCAGCUGUGGAAAACGUGGAAAAUUAAUAAAAACCUGAAGAAACAGAACAUCAGAAUUUAGUAUUCAGCCUUUGGAUGAAUAUUUCAUUUUGUUAGCGUUAUUUUUUUUGUUGUUGUUUCAAUGUAUCACUAGUUCUUUCUGCUUAUAAUAAAACCAGAAUUAUUUAUAUCCAAAUUAAAUGUUAUUGAAAAAGUCCCAGGUUAACAUACUGCAGAGCUGAGCUUUUGUUAUAGCUUAAACUAGCCAGGUUGGAAACAUGGAGCUACAGCUUGCUAGCUAUUAUGCUAACAUUAGUUCCAUUACACAAAAUCAAUUUCAAAUUUGACCUGAAUUUUAAAGUUUUUCCAUUGUUGCAAAAGUUGCUAUGAAAAAUGAAGCUUGUGGGCGAGCGUGGAAAUGUUUGCUAGGCAAUUCCUAAAAAAGAGUGGAAUGUACUACGGCUUGUGAUAACUUUUUUUCUCUCUUUCUUCUUGACUAUGUCUGUUUUUGGAAUUUAGAGAUGUCUGAUGUCAAAUACUAUUAUUGCAUGGAGUGCAGGUGUGAAAAUAGUAUUACAAGAUUACAAGGUUUGUUAUAAGGUAAACUGUACAUGCUGGAGUUAGAAUAGCCUGUGCCAAAGUUAACGUUAGCCGCAUGCUGUCAAGCAGAGUUUCUGCUAGCCGUAGGAUAAAUGCCUCUAGCGGAGACCCAGAAGAAUCGCUAGUGCCAUGGAAAAGCCUCACUCUCUCUCUUUUCUCCCCGUGCCUGCUGUACUGAUGACCAGUCGCUACUCUCUACCAGGGAUCUUUAAUAUGACAUUGUAAUGCCACUUUUCUAGCACUUUCCACUGUUGAGUUUUACGGAACGAUAGCAAAGUUGCACAACCACUUUUUUGAAUGGUAGAGAAUGCAAAUUAUUUGAAUUAUUAUGAAUUAUUUUUCUUUUGAAUUCUCUCCGUGAUCUGACCUUUACCACUAGUGUCACUUUUGUCACUGCUUUUGUAAAAGAAAACUGAAAUAAAGUCUUUUAGUUUUGGCUUUGAA